AUGGCCAUGGCGUCGCCCCCGGCGCCCCCAGCCAAGAAGCGGAAGAUGAACUUCUCGGAGCGGGAGGUGGAGAUCAUCGUGGAGGAGCUGGAGCGAGGCAAGCACCUCCUCAUCAACCACUUCAACGCGGGCGUGCCCCUGGCCGCCAAGGCCGCCGCCUGGCACGACAUCCUGCGCCGCGUCAACGCCGUCGCCACCUGCCACCGCGAGCUGCCCGAGGUCAAGAAGAAAUGGUCCGACCUCAAGACUGAGGUGCGACGCAAAGUGGCCCAGGUCCGGGCUGCCAUGGAAGGGGGAGGCGAGAGCCAGAACGGCAACGGCAACGGGCCGGAGAGCGAAGACCCGACGGGCGCUGCGACUGCCCCCGUUAUCCUCACCCCCAUGCAGCAACGCAUCUGCAACCUGCUGGGAGAAGCCACCAUCAUCAGUCUGCCGAGUGGGGACUGCAGUGCAGGUGACGGGACCGAGAUACCCAUCACCGCAUCAGCCACCACGGUCACCCUGACCCAGAUUCCUGCAGAGACAACCUACCACAGUCUGGAGGAUGGAGUCGUGGAGUACUGCACAACAGAAGCGCCCACCACAGUCACCGCUGAAGCACCCUUGGAGAUGAUGGCGCAUCAACACGAAGUGUCUGCGAAACCCCAGGAGCUGAAAAGCCGAAUUGCCCUGAACUCAGCCAAGCUCUUGCAGGAGCAGCGAGUGACCAACUUGCACGUGAAGGAGAUUGCCCAGCACCUGGAGCAGCAGAAUGACUUGCUUCAGAUGAUUCGUCGCUCUCAGGAGGUGCAGGCAUGCGCCCAGGAGCGACAGGCACAAGCCAUGGAAGGAACACAGGCGGCACUGAGUGCCCUCAUCCAGGUCCUCCGCCCCAUGAUUAAGGACUUCCGUCGAUUUUUGCAGAGCAAUACACCCAGUCCAUCGGUCACCGCUGACCCCAGCCAGACGGGGCAGCAAGAUGGCAUGAUCCAGUGAAAGAAACAGUGAUGGGAUGUCUCUCUUGGAAAAAACCUGCCCGUGCUGCCGGUGGACACCGGCAGCGAGGGGUGCUAGCUCUUGUCAAUGUGAAAUGGCUCACCUUGGAGUCUUGCUGAGCCUAAACAGCUUUCUUUCUCUGUUAAUCUUAUGCUAAUCUGCCUUUUCAGACUCAUCAUGCAGAGCCGUAGCAGGAUGUGUAAUAAACCAGGAACUUAACAUCGGUUGCUUUAGUCCCUCAAAUAAUAGAUUUAUUUAAAAAAAAGACAGUUACUUUUUUAUUUCUGUUUGGAAAAAACUCUCCUAAGUAUGACACCUCUCUCUCUUUCUCUCUCUCUCUCUCGAUCUAUAGCCUUUAACUGACUUCUGACGUGGAGAGUCUUCUUGUGAUAUCACAGUACUGCAGCUGCCAAGGUACAGUUAUCAUAAACUGUAGUGCACGGUAGUGAAUGCAUUUCUGUCUCUUGCUGAAAGCAUUUACUGGAAAUGGGGUACUGGAUGUGGUACAAUUUUCUCGCUGCACCGAGAGUUACGGAUACCGCUCUCAGAGCGUGACAUCCAGCCCAUGCAGACCAGCACCAAGCCUACAUACAGUUUAAAUCCCACCCGCAUCCCCCAAGGUUAUAAAUGGGAUUAAAACAGUGCAUUCACCUCAUGCUCUAUCUGCGUACGGUCAUGAAAUUUCACUUUAAGCUUGGCAGAUGUGAUGAAAAUUUCAUGUCUUGGUUACCAGAUACUGUCCUGGGAUACGUAUCGGAAGCGACACGUUACCUGUCUCAGCGUAGUUAAUACACAAGGGCCUGGAUGAGUUUCACUCAGGUGGGUGUAACAGGUGAAACUCCAUCUCUGUCUCCUCUGCAUAGUUUGUUACCUCCGUAAUACCUUCAUCCAUCAAAGUGGACCUGGACUCCAGAGCUUCAGCCGCACAGUAAUUCCCAACAUUUAGGAGUUUGUCAGCCACGGUUUUAACUGAGUGAAUUUUGGAGUGUUAUUUGGUUCUGCUGUGGCGGUGGCAUUUGUUCCGUACUUGUUAGGAGCUGGAAGCGAGUACAGCCGUUCUUUGUUAGUCUGCUAGCUGGCUUCGAGUGGCAUUCUGAGAAACAGGUCUGAGGUUCACCUCACUAUUUUCUUACCAUUAUACAGGGUAAAACAACAUUUGCAGCCACUUUUCUCUUCUUUGAGGUGUUCAGGCUGUGGGGCUUGGUCCUCAGUGGGGAAGCUUAAUUUCACAGGAUGGUGAACAUGAUUCUCACAGACUUGCAGUAACUUCAUAAACUUUUGGAUUAAAAGCUCCACUUGCACAUCCAUGGAAGCAAACUUCAACAAAAAAGAAGAAAAAGAAGGAAGCAUAACUCUUCUUCUCCCCGUACCUUGCCAAGCGUGUCACAUUUAACGGGCUUGUUGCUUGCCAGAUACUACUUUUGAAAUGGAACUUUUUCAGAGCUGGUAUUUGCUUGCUGUUAAGUCUCCUUUAGGGCUGAGGCGUGGUGAGCAACAGCUGAUGAGGGACUGAAUUUGCACAAUCAAAUUAAACCCUUACACAGCCUUUUGGGAGGGAGAUGCUGGUGGGGGACCCCUGGUUAGAGCAGUAGGUGAAGAGGCUACCGCUGCCUGUCUCUGGCCUUUACUCAUCUCCUCUCGUCUGCAAGUCUGACGGGGUAGAAAAGGACAGCGCGGUGGGAAGGGUUUGGCCCCUGGAAGACUCCCGACCCUUUGGCACUGACAUCUCUGCGCUGAGUCAGGGCGGCACCAGCUGCGCCUUCCCCCCGCGUGCGGCAUCUCGCCACAUGAGUAACACUCGCCUGACUCUGCCUCUCAGACUUCGUGGAAUCAAAUCAAUCGCUCAAUUGAAAUUUAUUUUUAAAGUGAAAACUAUGUCAUAUGUGUUGGUUUACCUCAUUUGUGUAAUGAUCUCUUCUUUACAAAUAUGAAUUUUAAUAAAAAAUACGUU